AUGGGGUCCCCGGUGCGAAGGGCGUUGCAGUACCGCGACGCAGGCCCCGUCUUUGGCGAGGUCACUCCCGAGAUGAUCGAGGACACGCUGAUCCAUUUGGUGACGGAAAACGAGCAGUACCUGAGUGAGCUGUCAGGUCAGGCUGGGUGCUUCAAGGAGACACAGAUAGUGGAAUUUAUAUUCCUUUUGUCUGAAAAAUGGCACUUGGAUCAAUCUGCAAGGUACCGAGCGGUAGAGUUACUCGAAAGGUUUAUGAUCAAGCAAAUAGAACAAAUCUGUAAGGCCUCCAAAGAGAACAUUAAAAGUCGUGAACAAGGACAAGGCAGCAGCCGGAGCUACCUGAAAGAUCAGAUAUACGACACGUUUGUCCUGCGACUUGUGUCGUGCAUUCAGCUUGCAAGCAAACUUUCCUUACACUAUAACAUAGUUAACAGUGACACAGCUCUAAAGUUUCUUCAGUCCUUAAAAUACUCGUACACUAAACAGGAAUUGCUUGAGUCAGAGCUUGCUGUUUUAAAAACUCUGCACUUCCAGAUCAACGUGUCAACUCCUUUGGCUUACGUGGAAUUGCUUCUGGAGGUUUUAGGACAUAACGGCUGCUUGCUUCCUGCGGAACCGCUCCAUCAGAUGUGCAUGCAGCUCCUGGACUUCUCCUACCUUACGCGAGAUACCAUCUACGACACUUUGCUGAAGAUUGCCAUCGAAAACUCCACACCAAGCGAACUGCAGGUAGCAAAGUUUCUGACAGUGAAGGAGGAUUUCAUGCUCUUGGCUGUUGGAAUCAUCAGCACAAGCGUGUUCAUACUGAACCCGGGGCAGUGGAGGCAGGUUGUGGAGCAUUUGAACUCUAUCACUGGCAUCACUUCACAAAGUAUCUUAGAAUUUUCUUACGCAGUGCUGAAACACGUUGUGGGCAGCACCACUCCCAAGGAGCGCUACCGGAACGGUGGAACAGACGCUCUGGAGAACCGGAUUCUGCCCCUCAGAUAG